GAAACACUGUUUAAGACAGUUGCCAACAGGUGUAGCAUAAACAUUUCUUGUACAACAUGAGCAACAGUCAUCCACUCCGACCUUAUACAGCAGUAGGUGAAAUAGACCACGUUCACAUUCUGUCUGAACAUGUUGGUGUUCUGAUGAAUGGGGAGGAAUACAGUGACGUUACCUUUAUAGUGGAAAAGAAACGAUUUCCUGCACACAGGGUUAUUCUGGCUGCAAGGUGUCAAUAUUUCAGAGCGUUAUUAUAUGGUGGAAUGCGUGAAUCUCAGCCUGAAGCAGAAAUCCCUCUCCAUGAUACCACCGCAGAGGCCUUUACAAUGUUAUUGAAAUAUAUUUAUACCGGUCGUGCCACAUUAAGAGACGAGAAAGAAGAAGUCCUGUUAGAUUUUUUGAGUUUAGCACAUAAAUAUGGUUUUCCAGAACUGGAGGAUUCCACCUCUGAAUACCUUUGCACCAUUCUUAACAUUCAAAAUGUUUGCAUGACCUAUGACGUUGCUAAUCUCUACUCACUACCUAAAUUGACAUGUAUGAGCUUCAUAUUUAUGGACAGAAACGCUCAAGAGGUACUCUCCAGUGAAGGUUUUCUGUCUCUUUCUAAGCCAGCACUUCUCAGUAUUGUACUGAGGGAUUCAUUUGCAGCUCCUGAGAAGGACAUUUUUCAAGCAUUGAUGAAUUGGUGUAAACACAAUCCUAAGGAAAAUCAUUCUGAAAUCAUGAAGGCCGUGCGCUUGCCAUUGAUGAGCUUGACAGAGCUUUUAAAUGUUGUAAGACCUUCGGGAUUGCUAUCUCCUGAUGCUAUUUUGGAUGCCAUUAAAGUUCGAUCUGAAAGUCGGGACAUGGACCUCAAUUAUAGGGGCAUGUUAAUACCAGGGGAGAACAUUGCCACUAUGAAAUAUGGAGCCCAAGUGGUUAAAGGGGAAUUGAAAUCUGCUUUAUUAGAUGGAGACACACAGAACUAUGAUCUAGACCAUGGAUUUUCCCGACAUCCUAUCGAUGAUGACUGCCGUUCUGGUAUUGAAAUUAAAUUGGGUCAGCCAUCAAUAAUCAAUCACAUACGAAUACUAUUAUGGGAUCGAGAUAGCAGGUCGUACUCCUAUUAUAUUGAGGUAUCCAUGGAUGAACUAGACUGGAUUCGUGUAAUUGAUCACUCCAAAUAUCUAUGUCGAUCUUGGCAAAAACUGUAUUUUCCUGCCCGUGUCUGCAGGUAUAUCAGAAUAGUUGGGACACACAACACAGUAAACAAAGUUUUCCAUAUUGUGGCUUUUGAAUGCAUGUUCACUAACAAAACCUUCACUCUUGACAGAGGACUGAUAGUUCCAACUGAGAAUGUUGCAACAGUUGCAGAUUGCGCCAGCGUGAUUGAGGGCGUGAGCCGUAGCCGCAAUGCUUUGUUGAAUGGAGACACAAAGAAUUAUGACUGGGAUUCUGGGUAUACGUGCCAUCAGCUAGGCAGUGGUGCUAUUGUUGUACAGCUGGCGCAGCCAUACAUGAUUGGAUCAAUUCAGUUACUCCUCUGGGAUUGUGAUGACAGGAGUUACAGCUAUUACAUUGAAGUUUCUACAAAUCAGCAGCAGUGGACCAUGGUGGCUGACCGAACGAAAGUUUCUUGCAAAUCCUGGCAACUUGUAACUUUUGAUAGACAACCAGCGUCUUUUAUCAGAAUUGUUGGCACUCACAACACAGCUAAUGAGGUAUUUCAUUGUGUACAUUUUGAAUGUCCAUCCCAAAACACUGUACAGAAGGAAGAGACUAGUGAAGAAGAUGCUGGCCUAGGUGGACAGCACUUGGCAACCUGCUCACCUCAAACUUCAAGCACCAGUUCUGUGCAUUCCCUCCCAGGAUCUGUUUCAUAUCCAUAAUUGCAGCAGCUUUUUAAGAGAAUGGAGAAGAACUUUUGAAAUCUCAGUGCCAGAAAAACAUUAUUCACUUGUAAUCUGCAAGCACCUCUUCAUUCUCUGAAUGAACUUUUCAAGGGGAUCAUAGCAUCAAGCAGCUAAAGGUGCUUCAAUUUAUAAGGCUGCCCAGAGACAAAACUGGGCCCCCACAUUGCACUUUCCACUGAUUAAAAUCAGAAGCACGGGCAGGAGAAAAUAGUCUUUCUCAUCAAGUUUCCACUUUGUACCCUACCUCUUUAAACCAAACCAAAUCAGAUAAAGCAGAAAGAAGCAAAACUACAUCAUUUUGUUAUAUAAAUAGGUUGUGUGUAUCAUAUCCAAAAUAUUAUUACAUGUGCUUGUAAAAGGAGUAUUAAAAUGAAUCUUUUUUGAGAUGUUUAUUAAAAAAAACUAUGGAAAUCACUUUUUAUUUAACUUAUUCUUAAUCCAUAUCCUUUGUAAAUUAUAAACCAUUUUCACAUUGUGUAUAUAUUUAUACAGCUAAAUUUCUUUCCUUGUCCCCCCCCAAUCAUAUUCUGAUAAAAUAUUUUCUUCUCUAUUGUGGCAUAUGAGGUAACUCCACUUGACAGAUACAUCUACCUGAUUGUGGGGCAUUUAAUAAUCUUACUCCAUUACUCUGUUUGACAGAGAAAAACCCUUAAAGAAGUUGUGCAUAAAACAAUUCAAUCCAGGGAUACAUUGUUGGAAUUCUUAACUAUUUGACAUGAUGUAUAAAAUUGUCACUUUUUAUCCCUGAUUACCUUGUACCCAAGAAGAGAGAUUGUAUUGAUCCUGUUAAAAAAUAUUAAACAGUGUUUUAAUUCCUGGAGCAGGGAUCGAUAGAUA